AUGCAUACCGUCAGAGCAAUCCCCGUGGGAGAGUUCAUCCGCACUGUCAGGAAUUGUAGUGAAGUGGAAAGAUUAGAGGAGGAAUGUGACAGGGUGGCAAAGAGGUUGAGAGAUAGAAAAUUACCCUAUGUGGAUGAUCAACAGAGGACGGGAGAUAGCUCUUCAAAAAGAAAGAAGAGAAUACUUUUUGGGAAAUCCAAACAUAAAUCAAAUGUGCCAGCUUCUGAUGGUGGCGUGAAGACUCGGAUAGACAGUGACCUGGACAAUGUUCCCACUCUCUCUCUAACAUACAGCAAUGAAUUCAGUUUAAUCAGCUCUGCAAUUAAGAAGUGCUUACCUAUUCUGUUUGAUGAUACCAUUCUUCAUGAAGCACUUAGGUCAGGUCAGUGCCAAGGAGCUGGCAGAUCUGCUGGAGUCAUUGGCUGCUCAGAAAAACUGGAAAUGUCAUCAUAUGGACUGAGCACAUGUAGUUAUGUCAUAGCCAUGGCAGGAAAGACUCUAGAAUUUUCUUAUGUGUCAAUUACUGUGAUUGAUGGGUCAUCAAGGAGAAGAGGAGACCAGUGCAGCUGGUCAAAGCUGGAGCCCAUUGGUCUUCACCCAGUCAAAACCUGCACCUCUCCAACUAUAAGAAAGAUACAAGAGCUGGUCCACUCGGAAGGAUCCACUUAUGAUCACAACCAUCAGGUUUCCUUGAUAAACCGAUCUGGAAUGCUCCCCAGUCACAUGAGUGCACUCAGCCAAUCACAGUUCAUCUCCCAAAUGGGAAUGAGGAGUGGAGUUACUCACGGGUCCCCCUCUCCACCUGGUAGUAAGUCAGCCACGCCCUCACCUUCUAGCUCCACCCAGGAGGAGGACACAGAUUCCCACUAUAAAGUUGCGGGAGAGAAACGACCUUCUGCUGACAUUGGUAAAAAGCCCAAAAAUCCGAAGAAAAAGAAGAAGAAGGAUCCAAAUGAGCCCCAAAAACCUGUAUCGGCGUAUGCCCUAUUUUUUAGGGACACACAAGCAGCCAUCAAGGGACAGAACCCUAAUGCCACAUUUGGAGACGUGUCCAAAAUUGUUGCUUCUAUGUGGGACAGCUUAGGUGAAGAACAAAAACAAGCCUACAAAAGGAAGACCGAGGCAGCCAAGAAGGAAUAUUUGAAGGCCCUUGCAGCCUACAGAGCAAGUCUGGUUUCCAAGAGCUACACUGACCAAGGAGAAACGAAAAACUCCCAACCUAAUCAACCCUCCAAAAUGAUUCUCCCAAAGCAGUCCAUGUAUAAUCUGCCUCCACAAUCUUCAUCACCAUAUCCAGGCCUGGCUUCAUUUCUGUCCCCAGCAGACCUGCCGAGUUACCGCAGUCACCCUCACAGUCUCUCCCGAAGCCUCAAUGCCAAAUCUAUGUUGCCCAGCAUCAGUGCCUCACCUCCACCUCCUUUCCAGAUCAGCCCUCCCAUCCACCAGCACAUGCGCCACCCUUCCAGCUCUCUUCUUAAUCAAUCACUCAAUAUGCAGCAAGUACCACAACCACCCAUCCUCCCUUCAUCCAUUGGACUACAGUCACCUAUGAGUUCAUCUCCCACAGGUCAACAGUCCUGA